CCAACAUGUAUAAUCUACUAGUGUAUCAUGUAUUGCCCAUGUCGUGUUCAGACUCAACAACUGCAUGAUCUGAUCCUGUUGGGCCACCACGGCGUCGCGCGUAUUGGCAGAUCUUUCCACGUGGUGAAGAUGCAGCUCGUGUGCUAAGCAUGUCUACAUGUCCCUCGGCUUUUUUACCUUCUGGGCUGUCGAAUCGUUGACGAGAGCCUGGCACCGGCCAGAGUUGUGCUCGACGUUUCGCAGCUGCAGGGUUUGGCGAAAGAGAGUGAAAAAGGCUGACAGUGGCCAGUACGUGAGCUUCGACGCGGCAAUUCGCGCUGAUGGCAUCUUGUGAUGGAUGGCCCCGACGGUAUGCAUGCAUCUACGUACGUCCUGGACGUGACACCACCGGUACAUGAAUAGCAGGUGCAUG